AGCGACUCUAAGCAGCUAUGGCGACGGCGGCGGAGAAGUCAACGAAAGAGCGACUGCUGUCAGUUUUGGAUGAUUUGGAGGUUUUAUCCCGGGAGCUCAUCGAGAUGCUGGCUCUGUCCAGGAGUCAGAAACUUCCCCAGCCCGGAGAGGACACUCAGGUCCUGGAGCUGCUGGUGCAGAGGGACAGGGAGUUCCAGGAGCUGAUGGAGGUGGCUCAGCAGCAGGGGAAGGUGCACCAGGAGAUGCAGCUGCUGGAGAAGGAGGUGGAGAAGAGAGAUAGCGACAUUCAGCAGCUCCAGAAGCAGCUGAAGGAGGCCGAACACAUCCUGGCCACUGCAGUUUACCAGGCCAAAGAAAAACUAAAAUCUAUCGAUAAAGCCAGGAAAGGAAGCAUCUCCUCAGAAGAAAUCAUCAAGUACGCUCACAGGAUCAGUGCGAGUAACGCUGUGUGUGCUCCCUUAAACUGGGUCCCAGGUGAUCCUCGCAGACCCUACCCCACAGACCUGGAGAUGCGCAGUGGGAUGCUGGGUCACAUGGCCAACCUUCCGACCAACGGCGUGAACGGCCACCUGCCCGGUGACGCUCUGGCUGCUGGGAGGCUUCCAGACGUCCUGACGCCUCACUACCCCUGGCAAUCCUCAGACGUCUCCGUGGGGAUGCUGCCCCCUCACCACGGCAACGACUUCGGCCUGGAGCCUCCGGGUCACAACAAGGAGAACGAGGACGACGUGGAGGCCAUGUCGACGGAUUCCUCCAGCAGCAGCAGCGACUCGGACUGAACCACAGAGACUGAGAGUGUGUGUGUUUGUGUGUGUGUGUGUGUGGGGUCACCAACUUCUUCUCUGGUCAUUUAUAUUGCAGCCGCGAGCUGGACUCAUGGGAGGACAGAACUUGAUUCAAAGGACCAGUCUGAUAUUUUAUAAUGGUUUUCUGCAGGUAAACUUUGAGCUGCAGCACGUCUCCGCUGCUGAAGUUCAGUCUGGGUUUAAGAUUUGAUUUGACAGUAACAGAGUAGCUCUUCCUAAAAUGGAAAGAAAUUAAUUUAAAGAUAAAAACAGAGGCUGCAGUCAAUUUUUAAACCGUCAUUUAAUACCAUGAUGUCAGCUCAGCUCUUCAGGACUCUAUUUCAUUUUUUUUAAAAGUGCCAUUUCAUUUAGAGAGCUUUAAAAGCAGCAGUGAGAUUAAAACAGAAGGCUGUAUGAGUGUGGACUGCUCAUAUCAGCAUCACAAGUCUUCUUCUGUGGAUUUCAUCUGAAGGACAGCCGUCGUUUUGUUCCCCACUCUGUGUCUGGCUCUUUGUGUGAUAAAGAUCCGGGUGUUUAACCGUUAUAGCCUAUAGAUGUUAUAGCCUGCCUUUCUCCAAAGAGAUAAUCCGGGUCAUACUGAAGGAUUUAAUGUGCAGAGAAUUUGAAGCUCAAAAGAGUCGACAAAUCUUCUCCCCCAGAAAACGUUUUCAGAGAGAUUCUACUGGCGGCACAUCGCGGAGGGAAUGAAGCAGCGUGUGAGGGUUUCUGUGUGUGAAUGAUACGAUCAACACCAACCUCAGAUGAGCCGAUUAACUUAAGGAAUCAGCCGGUUAGCCUCCCUUAGCUUGAAUCUGGAAACAGGCAACCUAGCUUUGACAAACUGUAACAAAAAUCUGCAGCUGAAGUUACAAAUUAAAUGUCUUAUAUCCUGUUUUUUUGUACCAGUUUAAGAACUGAUUUGGGAAAAAGACAAUUGAUGAUUUUAGUAAGAACUUUAGCUUCAUGAAUGCACAGACUUCCUGGAGUCCUGUCAACAGAAAUAGAUUGUUUAACCACUUCUGGAUUCAACACUUAGUGUGGGUUAAAACAAAACCGUUAAGGUUUUUAUCAUGGAGCUGGAAUGAGGAUUUUUGAAAACCUUUGACUAAAUGCAGUUAGCAUAAAGUUUAAAACAAACUGAAAGAAAAGGACAAACUGAUGAAGAUGACGUCGAGCUCUGAGCCCAGACUGAGGCUCAAUCAGAAACCAAACCCAGAAUGUGAGCUCUCGUCCUCGAUGGUGACUCGUGUUUGAAAUAAAUGUGUGACGUUAUGUUUCAUAUGUGUUAGUUGGAGCAUGUUGUCCAGAUUAACCUCUUGUGUACAUACGCCUGUACAUACCCGCCUUGUAAAUAAACACUUUUUGAAUACACAUGA